AUGAUGGCUUUCGCUAGCAGCCUUUUCUUAAAGCUCGCCCUCAUCAGCCUGGUACUGCACGCCGUAGAUGCGGCUAACAUGCCUGCUGGCGGAUGCCACACUUGCUACGUCUGCCCCUACAUAGACGACCUCGCUACCGCAACAAUCACGCAGUCCACUUACAACAGCUACAACUUUAUCGGCGAUUACCAAGGGUUGUUCAACAACCAGGGCGGGCAGUUCACGCCACACCAGCGUGGACCGGGCCUCGUGAACUUCGAGCGGUACACGGAGGUGGGGACCAUUUUCGACGUGGUGAAGGGCGUGUACGGCAACACGCUGCAAGUGUGCUGCCGUGCAUCCGCGCGCUCCACCUACUGCUACGAGUGGCAUUGGUUUAAAAACUUGCGUCUCGCCGGCGAGAACGCGAAUGUGGCGGGAUUUAUCGACCACGUGCAGUGCUACCUGCUGGAGAAGAACGGCGGCUCGGGCACGUCGGACUUUUUCAAGACGCCGUACGCGGGAAAUGCGACUACGCAGGCUGCGAACUUGGCGUCUUACCCGCUGAGUUUCGUCGGCGGGCUCUACAACCGCACGGCGCUCGUCGAAAACGACCUGCAUCUCAUGGGCGCGCACAGCACGCACUACGAUUUCACCGGGCGACUCGACAAAUCAUUCUGCCUUUUCUUUGACCGUCGAUUCCACGAGCAUGGGGAAGAUGGCUUCCUUUUGCUGCUCGAGAUCGACGGCACGAUGACGGCGCCUCCGAGCGUCGGCGAGUCGAUUGCGACGGAAAGCGGGCUGGUGGUUACCAAAGUCACAGAGGCAAAAGAGGGGCCGUUUGACGUGGAUCAGUUCCAAGUGCGCGUGGCGGGGCUGGCGGAACUGGACGUGCGGGUGCACGUGGCGCAUCCGCUCCUGCAGACGCUGACCGAGGCAGAAACGCACUUCAACGUGGAGCUCUCCGACGUGAAGGCAGAGGGCAAGGGGUUCCUGGACGGCGAUGUGGAGGACUACAUCCGCUCGUCGAUCGUCGCGCCCGACUGCAAAUACGCCACCUACGGCUCUGUUUAA